CCCGUGACAAAUAAAAUUCCUUUAUGUUACAAAACGUGAUUUGUUUAACGCAAUGUGAGGGGACACAUGUCACACAUUGGGCUUAACGGAAGUACCUAAAGCCUAAAUUCGUCUUUAAAACACUCCCUGAUUUCCCAAUCUUCAUCUUGCUACACCGACUAGUGAGGAGUUCCCGGUUUCGCUGGAAACGCAAAUAUCUGGCGUUUGAAUUUGUAAUUGUACCAGAGCAUAAACUGAGAGACAAAAUGGGAGGAGUGAAGAAGAUCUGGAACGAGAUGGAGGUUGCAGCCGAAGCUCGUCAGAACGGUAUCACUGAAUUCCUAACGUCUAAUGUCACCGUCGAUACCUCGCUUUCUCUCCCUCACAUGACCCCUCACGUCAUAGAGUUGUGUAAGGAUCUGUUCAAGAAAUGGUCAAAAUUGGAUGAUUCUUGGUUCUCUGUAGAAAGAGUAUCCGGUGGCAUCACUAACUUGCUUCUGAAGGUUUCAGUGAAGGAAGAAAAUGGAAAUGAUGUUUCCGUGACUGUAAGAUUAUACGGGCCCAACACCGAUUAUGUUAUCAAUCGUGAACGGGAAUUGCAGGCUAUCAAGUACCUCUCGGUUGCAGGAUUUGGUGCCAAGUUGCUUGGAGUUUUUGGAAAUGGCAUGGUUCAAUCCUUCAUCAAUGCACGAACAUUGAUUCCAUCAGACAUGAGAAAUCCAAAGCUGGCUGCUGAAAUUGCAAAACAACUGCACAGAUUCCACCAAGUGGAAAUUCCAGGUUCUAAAGAACCUCAGUUAUGGAAUGAGAUCUCCAAGUUUUUUGAGAAAGCAUCGGCUCUUGAAUUUGAUGAUAUUGAGAAACAGAGGAUGUAUGAGACCAUUUCAUUUGAGGAAGUUCAAAAAGAAGUUGUUGAACUCAAGGAAUUGACAGGACUUCUAAAUUCUGCAGUGGUGUUUGCUCAUAAUGACUUGCUUUCUGGGAAUAUAAUGGUUAAUGAUGAAAAAGAGGAACUCUACUUGAUUGAUUUUGAGUAUGGGUCAUACAAUUACAGAGGCUAUGACAUUGGAAAUCACUUCAGUGAAUACGCAGGCUAUGAUUGUGACUAUAGCUUAUACCCAAAUACAGAUGAGCAAUAUCAUUUCUUCAGGCAUUAUUUACGACCGGACAAACCUGAUGAGGUAUCCGACGAAGAUCUUGAAGCUCUGUAUGUUGAGGCAAAUACAUUCAUGUUGGCUUCACAUAUAUUUUGGGCUUUAUGGGCGCUAAUCCAGGCAAAGAUGUCUCCGAUAGAUUUUGAUUAUCUUGGCUAUUUCUUCCUGCGCUACAAUGAAUAUAAAAGGCAGAAAGAGAGAUGCUUCUUGCUUGCACAAUCAUACCUCUCAAAAUCGAAUAGUCGCUGAAUUACCCAUCAUUAGGUUCUGUAUGUUAUCAGAGCUGUGAUAUUCUAGGGAGAUAUUCCUUGUAAAACAAUCUUUUGUAGCUGUUUAAAGAAAAAGAAAGUUGAAAACAAAUAUGAACAAAUAAAUUUCUAGUGGCUCUCUGAUUCGUUCUUCU